CUAACUCAAGUCUAGAUUCCCGAACCCUCUGCACAUGUAGUUCCUGGAACUGCUGUUUUAAAAUGUCACCACCUCCACCUUUACCUUCUACCUGGGACAACCUGUUAGAUUCUCUCUCUCUCGGCACAAUAUGGAAUUGGCUACAAGCAACUUUUCUGGGGGAGAGUAAUGUGUCUCAGCAAACAAAUUUGGGGAUACUAGAUAAUCUUGGCCCAGCUGUGCAAGUCAUCUUGGGGAUUUCCUUUUUGAUUUUGUUGGCAAUAGGAUUAUUUGCCUUAUGGAAACGAAGCGUUCGGUCAAUUCAGAAAAUAAUGUUAUUUGUGAUCACACUCUACCAACUUUACAAGAAGGGUUCAGAGUUUUUUCAAGCUGUGCUAGCCAACCCAGAAGGAAGUGGUCACCAGACUCAAGACGGUACCAAUGUCUUCCUGUCCUUGGGUCUGCAAGGGAAAAUUCUGAAAAAACUUCAGAUGGUGGAAAACAAAGUGAAGGACCUGGAGGGUAUGAUCGUUACCCAAAAACCUACCACAAGGAGGGAUGGCUCCCCUGAGCCCUACUGCAGCUGCUCUGACUGUCAGAGUCCCUUACCCACAUCAGGGUUUACUUCCACAUCUGAAAUGUGAAGGAUUCUAAUCGUUUCCAGAAAAGCACUGCUUCCCUCAUGCAUGCAGUGGUAUGUCAAUAAAGAUAGAGAACUAUAUUGAAA